AUGAAGAAAUUAUUGAUCUUGGGAUUCUUCGUCACCGUUACUUUAGCAAUACCAACAUCAGAUACACUUAUCAACAGAGAUCUCGACUGUUUGGAACGUGAGAAUGAAUUGUUCAGUUGCAUCUUCGUUAAAGCUGCUACAACAUUGGACAGGGCAUCAAGGUCCAGUGAUAUUCAGCUUCUCGAUGGUAUUGUUUUUGUACGAGACAAACCUAUGGAACGCAGUGCAAAAAGUUUGAAGACCGAAUUAGACGUGAUGAACGAAUUACCAAAGGAUUCUACUGAAAGGGCAUUGAAACUCGUUAGCAUGAUCUACGAAUCUGCCAUGUCAUUCAUGAAAAGUCACAGCUUGAAGCUCAGCAUACCGGAAGAAUUUAAUUCUCGUGCACUUUCCGAAGCUCGUGGUAAGAUUAAGAAAGUAAUCUUACCAUUGAUAGCAGCAGUAGGAGUGAAAAUAUUUGCCUUAGUUCCGAUUCUUUUCGGUGGUUUGGGUCUGUUAGUAUUGAAGGCACUUGUCAUUGGUAAAAUAGCCCUAAUCUUGGCGGGCAUCCUAUUUUUCCAAAAGAUGUUUGGCAGUGGUAGCACCGUUAGCAACAUUUUUGGCAAAUCACCAUCGUUCGGUAACAAUUGGUACGAACCAGCUACUCAAGGAUGGCCCUCAGCUGUUUCAGGUGGUCAACAACAGGGAUAUUACAGAAGAAGUUUCGAUGAUACGCAAGGAAAUAUCGAUGCUCAUUCACUCGCUUAUUCGGCACACGAACCAAUAACAAAUGCAGCCUAA